UCUUCCCGUCUGUUCUGCUCAGUGUGCUGUAUGUAUAGUGAGCUCCCUGCCUCCUUUACUGAGGACAGAAGCAGCUGUAGGAAGUGUAGUUUAGUGUCAGGGUUGGAGGCCAGGGUUUCUGAGUUAGAAGCACGGCUCUGCACUUUGGAGGCUAAGGCUAAACCUAGCUAUACCCAGGUAGCAGCAGGGGCCGCAGAUCAUGCUUGUAGUAGUAGGAAUGUUCGCGUGGUUAGCCCCCCAGCGAGUCCCGUGCAGCCGGGAGAGACCAGGGACGGAUUUGUGACAGUACAGGGGAAGCGCAGUGCUAGACGCAAAAACUUAGUGCACCAACAGCUUCCCGUCUGUAAUAGGUUUGAUCCCCUCAGCGACACACCGGCUGAACCGGAUACACCCGUAAUUGGCAGCUCCAUAGUCAGAGACGUGAAGCUCCCAGCGGUGUCUAUCAGGUGUUACCCAGGAGCCAGAGUCGGUGACAUUGAAGGAAACCUUAGGCUUUUACAGCAGAGUAGGACCAGGUUCCGCCGGAUCGUUAUUCACGCAGGUGGUAACGACGUCCGGUGGAGACCAUCUGAGGUUCUUAAAUUGAACGUAGCCUCGGUAUGUAAACUUGCUAGGUCGAUGGCUGACACCGUAGUAUUCUCUGGACCCCUGCCCAAUUUUGUCAAUGAUGAGAUGUACUCUAGGUUCUCAUCAUUUAACCGCUGGUUGUCUAGAUGGUGCCCAGAAAACAACAUUGUUUUUAUUGACAAUUGGCGUGCGUUCUGGGGAAAGCCCGGGCUCAUUCGCAGAGACGGCAUACAUCCCACUUGGGAGGGUGCCUGUCUUUUAGCUCACAAUCUGGCCGCUUGCCUUAGUCUUCCAAAGUGACCCUUCAGAGUGGGGGCCCGGGAGCAGAGUUGUAGUGUAAAACACUUCUCUGUUAAUCACUCACUUCUUCCCGAGCUGUCACACAUCCAGUGUUUAGGAAAGAAGAUAGAGACUGUGUCUGUUCCUCGUGUAGUAUCCA